UCUUAGCGAAUUUACUUCCGAUUUCCGCAUGAUGUGUCAAUAAAACAAAUAACUUCAUUUCAGGCGAUGUGAAUGGGAUAUUGCUUGGAUAUCAUUCCCUACAGUCUGACUCAAAUUUAAUCCGACAAAAUGGAUUACUCUGGAAAAGAAAAGGAAGCUAUGGCCAUCAUGGCUGAGGCAGACAAGAAAAUGAAAACGUCACAUUCGUUAUUCGGAUCGUUUUUUGGGAGCUCCUCCAAGGUCGAGGAGGCCUGUGACUUGUACGUGAGAGCUGCCAACAUGUUCAAGAUGGCAAAGAACUGGGGUGCUGCAGGAGAUGCCUUCUGCAAAGCUGCACAGCUGCAUUUACAGGUGCAGAGCAAGCACAACGCAGCCAUGAACUUUCUUGAUGCUGGCAAUGCGUUCAAAAAGGCUGAUCCUCAAGAGGCCAUAAGCUGUUUCUGUCAGGCCAUUGACAUCUACACAGACAUGGGACGUUUCAACAUUGCAGCGAAACACCACAUAUCAAUUGCUGAAAUUUAUGAAUCUGAGUUACUGGACAUAGAUAAAGCCAUCGCUCAUUAUGAACAGGCAGCAGAUUAUUACAAAGGGGAGGAGUCCACCAGUGCAGCCAACAAAUGUCUUCUCAAAGUGGCAACCUAUGCGGCUCAGAUGGAACAGUACCAGAAAGCCACUGAAAUAUUUGAGCAGAUUGGGACUUACUCCAUGGACACUACUUUGCUGAGGUAUGGUGCUAAAGACCAUUUCUUCAAAGCAGCUCUGUGUCACUUCUGCGUGGAUAUGCUCAACUGCAAGCUGGCUGUACAGAAGUAUGAAGAAAUGUAUCCAGCCUUCUCAGAUGCUAGAGAGUGCAAACUUCUUAAGAAACUUCUUGAUGCACAUGAAGAGCAGAAUAUUGAUGCAUAUGCUGAUGCAGUAAGGGAAUUUGACUCCAUCACCCGGCUUGAUCAGUGGCAGACCACUAUGUUACUAAGAAUCAAGAAGACCAUUCAGGACGAGGAGAAUGACCUUCGCUAAUGUGAAGUCAUGAUUCCAAGCUCAUUUCCCAUUCUCCCGUUCUUCCUCUCACUUAACUGUGAUUCCUUUUUUACCAUGUUUAAUAUUUAUUCAUACAGUGGUGUGAAAAAGUGUUGGCCCCCUUCCUGAUUUCUUAUUUUUUUGCUUGUUUGUCACACUUUAAUGUUUCAAAACAUCAAAC